GGAAAUCUACGGCUAAAACCUUCGCCUUCAGCCGACUUUAAGUGCGCUGUUGCUUCUCAAACAAAUCUCUGUUCUCGUUUUUAACUCAAAUUCUCGAUUCCAUUGUCGCUCUCUAGAUCUCCAUAGGUACUGAAAUGGCGGAAUCAAAGUCAUUGAGGAAACCUGUUUUCACCAAGGUGGACCAGCUUCGCCCUGGGACUAGUGGUCACACUCUUACUGUCAAGGUUGUCAGCACGAAGAUGGUGUUGCAGAAGGGUCGUGCUGAUGGUCCUCAAGUUCGUCAAAUGCGAAUUGCUGAAUGCUUGGUAGGAGACGAGACAGGAAUGAUCAUCUUUACCGGUAGAAAUGAACAAGUGGACAUGAUGAAAGAGGGAACUACUGUUACACUUCGCAAUGCGAAAAUAGACAUGUUUAAAGGAUCAAUGAGGCUUGCAGUGGACAAGUGGGGUCGUGUUGAGGUUGAUGAACCUGCAAGUUUCAUCGUGAAGGAAGACAACAAUUUGUCGCUGAUCGAGUAUGAGCUGGUUAAUGUUGUUGAAGAGUGAUCCUUUUUGUAUCUUUGACCGGGCAGCGAUUGCUUUUCUUCUAUAUUGUGAACCAAGAAUAAAGUCAAACACCAAUGAACGUGUUACCCUGAUAUAUGCUUCAUCUUAUCUUCAAAAGGGUUCACGGAAGCUAGUAUAGUUCUCGAAGUUGCUUCUCAGUCCUCGCGGCAAUAUCCAGCAGAACCUUUUGGUUGGACCACCCAACAGACGGUGAUGGCUGUAAAUUUUAGAGCUAAAAACAACUAGCUUUUGGAACUUGCUUUCAUCUGUGUUUUCUGUGUAGCAACUGUGUUUUGCUUUUAAAUUAUACUUCGGGAGUCUAAUAUUAUGCAUGCC